AGAAGCUGAUUAACCGCGAAAACGAAUACAUUUAAUGAUCGAGUCUCGUUUAGAAAUGUCAACAAUUUAUUCGGAAUCUAACAUAGAAAAUGUAACAAUCAAAAUUAAUUAAAAAAAACUUGAACAAGGAAAUGUAACAUUCAACAUCAAUCCAACCCCCAGCUUUCCUCGUGAGUGCGGGCGCAUCUGUCUGCGUCACACAAAUACCCGGCGCAUUUACUGACGCACAUGACGAUUUGAAAUGUUCAGCGUAGUGUCCGAAUUCUCGUUUGUUCGUUCCCUAUAUAGUGCACUAUAUCAUGAACACUAUAUGGAAUAGUGAGUGUAUAGGGAACGAUUUCGAACACAGCUGUGUCUCCAACUCUAACAUAUUGUUAAAAGCUAAGCCAUACCAAUGCAAUGUUUAGCAAGCUAAGAAGUGGUGCUAAAAACGUAAAGAGAAGAAAGACCUGGAUGCGCGCAAUUCGAAUGUUUGCACAGCGUUUUUGCUGUACCUCACCAUACCAGUGACAGUAGCCACGGCAGAGCGGUCAUUUUCCAAGUUAAAAUUGAUAAAGUCUUCCCUAAGGAGCGCCAUGGCACAGUAGCGAUUGAGUGUAUUGGCCAUACUCUCCAUCGAGAAUGAAAGCGCAAGAAAAUUGGAUUUCAACCUCUAUUAUCAACGAGUUUGCUGAACAGAAGGCACGCAGAGUUAACUUCUGAACGGGUGUGUUUAAAUAUCUCCCAGAACAACAAAGUGAGAAAGGAGAGGACUCACUAUGAAUUUAAGAUCAGCAGCAAGAGGAUUUCUAGCUGUCCUUCUGUCAGUACCAGCGCUUCAGGUUAAUGGUGGAUGGAGAGUUACUUACUCAUCUAGUAAUGUCUGCAGUUUAAGGGGAGAAAUAGUUUACCUUAGCUGCACUUAUGAAUACCCAAACAACGUACAGUACGGCCCUACCACAUUCAAUACACUGUGGUUUACUAAAGUAUCCAACAAGCAGCCAGUUGAUCUGGAACACGAUGCAGACUAUACAGGUCGUGUUGAAUCCAGCUGUGGACUGGUCAAAUGUACCGGGUCAAGAUGCCAUGGAACAUGUAAGCUGAGAAUCAGAGACCUGAGACAGACUGACUCUGCCUUCUACAAGUUUAGGUUCAAUACAAAUCAACCAGGUGGGGAAAAUACUGGUGAUCCUGGAGUGAAGUUAUCUGUUCAAGGUAAACUUGGAUUACCAGUGAGUGCAGUGUGUGUGGGUUUGUUGAUAUUGUUUGUGUGUGCGUGUGUGUUUGUGUAUGUGGGUGUGUGUGUGUGUGUGUGUCUGUGGCUCUCUGGGUUCUAGAAUGUUAUCUUAAUUAUUUUCAAAGAAUAAUUGUGGGUAACUUGUUACAACAAGAUCUCGAUGACCAAUGAGUAUUGUGUGUGUGUGUCUAUUGUGUAUUAAUAAUACACAAGAUCUCCAGGUGAAGGUGUCCUUUCCUCACCCUACGGAUCCUACCCAUGCAGAACUGGAGUGUCGCAGUAGAUGUGGUCUAGCUGAUGACCCUCCCUACAUCUGGUUCAGGAAUGGACAGAAUGUAGGAAAGGGAGUGAACUACAGGGCCGACAUUCAGUCUGCAGACAGCUUUUCGUGUUCUGUCGAUGGACACAAUCUCCGAUCUCCUUUAGUGUAUGGGCCUCAACAACCAUCUGUGUAUUCAAGUCCCUCUGGUGAAUUGGAGGUGGGCAGUUCAGUGACUCUGAGCUGCAGCAGUGAUGCCAACCCAGCAGCUAACUACACCUGGUUCAGGGAACAUGAAGUCUCAGUGAAAGAAUCAGGACAGAACUACACCAUCACUCAUAUCACAUCUGAUCUCGGAGGAAACUAUUACUGCCAAGCUCAUAAUGCAAUCGGACUUUAUAAUUCCACCUUUUUGUUUAUCAAAGUAUCAUCAUCAUCACAUACAGCAACGGUAGCUGUAAGAACCAUUGGUGUCUUUGUGCUCACCAUACUCCUCCUCGUCUUCUUCUGCAUGAGAAGAAAGAGGGCCUCCAGAAAAGCAUGUGGACAGGCAGGAAGGCCAGAUACCGUGGAUGAGCUACUUCCUGUUCCUGUGUAUGAAAACGCCUCAGAACUGGCCAAUCGAUUGGCUCCUGCAGCACAGAGAGAACCAAUAGAAGAGCAGGAUGUCUUUGACUGUGCCAGCAUCUACACCUCUCUCUCAGAGAAUCAGGAAGUGCCUUGCUGUUUGGCUGGCUCUAUUGGCCAAUCAGAGCAGGCAGAUGCAGUCUUUUACUCUGUUGUCAAAAAUAAGAGACCCAAUGCUGUCCCUGGAGAGAGUGACCAGAAAGAGACGGCAGAAACCUCAGAGUUGUACAGCACUGUCAAAAAAUAACUCUGAUAUUGAACCAGUUGCGGCAGGAAGAUUUAAAUAGUGGGACUAGGUAGAGUGUCUCAUCCAUUUAGUUUAACAGGACAAUAUGCUGGCUGCAUAUAUGGCGCUUAAUAACACUUGCCACCAGUGCUAAUACAUGAUCUGAUGGCAUUUUAGUUUAUUUUACUUAUUUACUUGAUUGUGUAUGUUCCACUUGUGAUGACUCCAGCGAGACCACAUCUUAUCCAGGGCCUCUUGCUCUGGUGGAUGUAGCUCUGCAUCAUCGCUACCACCUGCUUGUGACCAGGAUGUACUGAGAAUUGCAUAGAAUUACCUAGAAUUGCCUCUGUUAACUUUCUACAUUUGAAAAAGAAAUGUUCAACCACACCCAGUCGGAAAUAUGUUGGGUGGUUCAUAAGUAGGCCUACAAUACUGUUUUUUGCUUAUGUGUCAUUCUAAUGGGGAUUUUUUAUUAUCUGAGCCAGCCUGAGGUAGAUGGUAGAUGUUUAGGUAUGAGUUUUCAAUAGACAGCCAGUAUUUCGAUUCCUAUAAUGUGGGCCUGUAAAGUCCUUUGAGUCUGUAAAUGUGAUGAGAGCAAUACAAAUAAAUUGAUUUCCAGUGUUUACAGGGAGACUAUUGAUCUCAAAAGUAUAUUAUACAGAUAAUCAGAACAUGCAUCCACAAAUAAAGUAAUUCUCUGAGGAAAGGAGCACAUAUCCUUCUACUCAGUUUAUUCCAAGCACAAUAUCAACCUCACAUUAAUUAAACCUCACCAUCACUGCUAAAUCGUUGAGUCAUUUGCUUGAUGAAUUCUCCAUGUAAUGACUGCUAGAUGAGUGAAUGAGAUCUCUCAAUUAAAUAUUGGACGGAGCUCACUUGGAUUUAGCAUCUCUCACUUGGAUCUGAAAUCCAUCGUCGUAAGAGCUUUAUUCCUAUCAUAGAAAACUCUGUUGUUAUGGCUCUACUUCUUCUUGGUUUGGCUGGCGGCUCGUGAUCGCGGCUUCUCCCGUCCGUAUGCUUUCCUUCCUGCCGUCCUCUUAUCGCCAUUUUCGGGAUCACUGCCCUUCACCUCCUCCUUGCCCAGCAGAAAUUUUUACGUUGAUAAGAAGUCUAAACGACGUUGGUCAUAGAGGUCGAUGCAACGUCUAGUUGAGGGGCUGAUGCCGCCUUCAAAAAGCUCAGUUUCCGGGAGGUUCGGACUUUAAGCUCGAAGGAAAGUACUUUGAACCAGUGGCGGUUGUAGACCAAUUUUACUAGGGGGGCCAAGGAAAGGUCAGUGUUUAACCAGAGGGGCACAAAAAAAUGGCAAAAAAUUAUAUUUAAAGAUUAUAAUUAUGACUUUAUUUUACUUUAAAAUCAUCAAACAUUUAAGAGUUUUAAUUUUACCAGUCUAUAUUUUUCUGUCAAACUAUCUUAAAUUGAUGGAGCUUAUGCCCUAAAUCAUCAAAAUCAUAUAAACAUUUUUCUGUACAAGCUUGCAAGAGAGGUAGGGCCAUAAAAAAAUAUAUAGAUACAGUACAGGGUACAAAUACAGUCUGUCAAUGUGAAAAAAACUCCAGGGUACAACGAAGUGCAAAACAAUGUGCCAUUUCCUAUUACUCUUAUCAGUUUCAGUGUGGAGAUACUGUGGUCAUCCAUGUUAAAAAACGUCCCUGUUGUACUGUUCUUUCCUCAUUUCACGAUAGCUGCUAUUAGAAGAAAAAAAACGUAGGGGCAUGCAAUAUAUUUUGAUGCAUAACCAUCCCUGCCUACUUAACACGGGCAGAUAGCCUGCUACUCUUUACUCAUGUUAAUAUCACCCUCUUUACAUCAGCUUUGACCUCGUGUUCUGUGUCGGACUCACCAAAUUCUUGCAGAGGGUUGCGGGACAAGGUGUCAGGCACAAUGAGCUGCUUCCCUGGAACAUGAACAGCUUCAACAUUAAACUUCAUCAGACGCAUUAAUAACCACUGACAUCUUACAGGCGCUUUGUCAGGGUCGUAUGAGUUCAUUAGGGGGACGAGUGGCUUAUGGUCUGUUUGCAAACAGAACUUUUCCAUGCCCUGUAGGUACCUCACAAACCACUCAUACCCCAAACAAAUCAAGGCAUUCUUUUUCGGUCUGAGAAUACCGCCGCUCUGUCUCAGUCAGUGAUCUUGAACAAAACCGAAGCUGCCGGCGUCUGCACUAACCACUGUUGGCUUGGAGGGGUUGUAAUAUGCCAGGACCGGUGCAGUCGUUACCAUAGUCUUUACCUGUUUGAAAGCUUCUUCCUGUGCUUUUCUCCAUAACCACGCAGUCUACUUUUUCAAUAAGCUGUUAAUGGGGUGCAUGAUGGAAGAAAGAUCUGGGAGAAACCGGCCCAGGUAGUUGAUCAUCCCAAUGCACUGGCGUAGCUCUGUGAUGUUGGUUGGACAGGGCAUAUCUGAGAUGGCUCUGACUUUUUCAGUGCUGGUUUUGAUGCAAUUUUUCCAAAGAUGAGUCCAAAAUAAUUGAUCUCUGAUUUUCCAAACUGGCACUUUUCUUUAUUCAGUUUGAGCCCUGAAGCCCUGACCGUCUGCAUUACUGCUCUGAGGUUGUGGUCUUGCUCUUCUCGGUCCUUACCAAAAAUCAGGAUGUCAUCCAUUACCACUACGGUGCCAGAAUGAUCUCUCAACAGGGUG